AUGGUCAACUCCUGUUGUGGUUCUGUGUGCUCUGACCAGGGCUGUGGCCUAGAGAACUGCUGCCGCCCCAGCUACCACUUGCUGCAGCCCACCUGCUGCCGCCCCAGCUGCUGUCAGACCACUUGCUGCAGGACCACCUGCUGCCGCCCCAGCUGCUGUGUGUCCAGCUGCUGCAGGCCCCAGUGCUGCCAGUCUGUGUGCUGCCAGCCCACCUGCUGCCGCCCCAGCUGCUGUGUGUCCAGCUGUUGCAGACCCCAGUGCUGCCAGACUACCUGCUGUAGGACCACCUGCUGCCGCCCCAGCUGCUGUGUGUCCAGCUGCUGCAGGCCCCAGUGCUGCCAGACUACCUGCUGUAGGACCACCUGCUGCCGCCCCAGCUGCUGCAGGCCCCAGUGCUGCCAGUCUGUGUGCUGCCAGCCCACCUGCUGCCGCCCCAGCUGCUGUGUGUCCAGCUGCUGCAGGCCCCAGUGCUGCCAGACUACCUGCUGUAGGACCACCUGCUGCCGCCCCAGCUGCUGCAGGCCCCAGUGUUGCCAGUCUGUGUGCUGCCAGCCCACCUGCUGCCGCCCCAGCUGCUGUGUGACCACCUGCUGCCACCCUAGCUGUUGCAUUUCCAGCUGCUGCCAUCCUUCCUGCAGUAUCUCCAGCAGCAGUAGCUCCUCCUCCUGUGGUUUCAGCUGCUUCAGGCCCUCCUGCUGCAUCUCCAGUUGCUGCCACCCCAGCUGCUGCCAGACCACCUGCUGCAGAACUCAGUGUUUUCAAACCAACUGCUGUGUGUCCAGUUGCUGCCGUCCCAACUGCUGCCAGACCACGUGCUGCUGAC